AUUCAAUCAAGCUGUCACCCCACAUUUAAUCGCAGACUCCAUUGCUUCAAGCCAUGGUACCAGGCGGCUUUGCCAGGCUCUCGUCUAUGUCUUCUCUUUCCUUGCACUGAUAAACAUAAGUUACAAACACUACCAGGUGCUCGAAGGCGCACCGCACUCCCAAAAUGCAAUCCCACCUGACCCGGCGAGUUUUCCGCGCGAUUCUCAAUAAUGAGCCGCUUCCAUCUUCGCGCUGCCUCUAUCGCUCGCUGCACACUGUCCGGAAUUUUCGGCUUCGCGGACUCGAUCUCCCGGCCUUUCAUCACAAUCAGCGACGCGGUUUCUUCACGUAUAAUGCGGCCCCGACCUCCAAUGUCCAAUCUGCAACGUUGCCCUCGGAGAUUGGCCUAAAGCCCAUGAGAGACCUCAUGAGAUCACUAGCCGACAAGAGCCGAGGACCUACCUUUGAUGUUCUAGCCAAAGCCUUCAACGACUUCCUGGGACAACGCACUGUGCUGCCCGGUGUCAUUACACACUUCCAUGCGACAUUGCUCUCCGUCACCUGGCAUCACAUGCGAACUCAUGCGGAAGAACUAAGUUCCGAAGAAUGGCAGAGGACUCUGUCUACUGAAGCUCUCGAAAAUGUGCUCUUCAUUCUCUCACAAGCAAAAUGUCUACCCGAAUCGCAAACAGUUGUGCGGAAAUUGGCUCGUGCGGUCUUUACGGAAUUGUGUCGUGAUCCGUCACCAGGGAUGAAACACAUCAGCCGGUCUGCUUUCAUUGCAUAUAUAAAUUUACAGGCUUUAAAUGGCCGCCCAGAUGAAGCACGCGAUGUCCUGGAGCGUUUCUGGUUCAGACUGAAGAAAGCUCGCCCGACUCCUUGGCAUGCGGUUAUGAAGGGAUUCGCCAUGGUCGGCCAGAAGCGUCAGUUAGCACUGACAGCGGAGAACCUCGAAAAAUAUGGCGUCAAGUUUGACAGCAAAUCUCAUGAAGACCUUGUCAAGUUUCUAAUCCAAAAGAAUAUGCUCAAUGCGACGAAGACAUUCUAUGAAUGUCCUUUGUCCAAAGGGCAGAAACCCGCUGUGUCCGUGAAAGAGGCCGUCAUAAAAUAUGCUGUCUUAAACACCGAGAUUGCUUGGGCAGAAUCUGUGUUUGAAACACUUUCAGACGAACCGGUGGCCGAGACGAUAGGUAUUACCCUCUUCUGGGAAGCCGUGCAAAAGCAAAGUGCUUGCGCCGUCUUAGAUAAAGCCAACAUCUUGAUGGCAGGCGAUCAGCGUGCGAGGGAAGCACUGACCAUCUCGUGUGUGAAUGACCUGAUUGAGUACGCAAACGCCAUUCGAAACCCUGCCCUAGCCACCAGCUUUGCUACGCUGGCCUCUCAAUGGGGUUUAGAAUCCGACACGAGAACGCAGCUUUUGCAAUUGGAAUCCUACAUUCAAGCAGGUGAUGUUGCGAGGGCAUUGGACUCCAUUGAAGAGUUGCAGGAUCCGGAAUCGAUAGCGCUCGCCAACAUGCCACUAAUAGACAAGCUCAUCACACUUCUCUGCCAAUCCGGCCAGGACGAUGCGAUAUUCGACCGCGUUUCGACUUUCCUGGAUCCGUUGUUCGAGAACAAUGUAUGGCUAGAAGCAAGCACUGUGGCAGCGAUCACACACAUGCUACUCUACCGACACGACUGGGAGGGCGUUUCGGAAUUACUCCGCCCACGACUUGGGCUGUAUGACACUGAAGAACGGACGAAGAUCCGCAAUUCGCUGACCGGGUUCAUUUUGGACCUCAAUCAAAAGAGUUCCGACGCGUGGGAGACGUAUAACCUCCUGCUGCUCGCCUUCCCGGAAACCGGCGUCAGCAUGCGCACGGACAUCAUGGCUUCAUUUUUCAAACGCUACCGCAGCGACCUCGCCUACCUCGUCUUUGGCCACAUGCGACAGGCGGAGGAUUUCGCCCGGCGGCCGAAACCCGACACCUACGCCCGCUGCUUCAUAGGCAUCGCUCGCAACCAAUCCGCCAAGCAUCUCCAGCUCGUGCACAACAUGCUCAAGCUCGACGUCGAGGUCGACCUGACCACUCGCGUACUCGACGGACUCAUGCUCGCCUAUGCCUCCUGCGACAUGUCCGAGCAGGCAAUGAAAGUCUUCCAAAGCAUCCUCCAAUCGGACGAGGGUCCGUCCCACAAAACCAUUCCCAUCUUCUUCAAGGCGUGCGCCCAUCACAACAACGGUGUUCAGGAGGCCCUGAAGAUGAUGGACAAGGUUAAAUUGCUCGGCAUUGAGCGCAACCGCCAGCUGUACAUGGCGUACGUCUUGGCUCUGGCCGCACAUUGCGAGUUUGAUCUCGCCACCGAGGCGUUGGAGACGAUGCAGGCGGAGACCGGCCUGGAACCGACCCGCAACUCAAUUGGUCAUUUCUAUAAUGCAAUUCCUUCCCAACACUGGAAAGAUGAAGUCGAGAAGUGGGCCCGAGCCAAAUACCCCGAGCUGUGGGCGCAGCUGGAGCAGAUAGAACGCAGGGAGCAUGACGAGGGCCUGCGAUUUAAGAUUGAGACGAACGAGAUUGCCGUCUAGGUGUAUGUACAUGAAAAUAGACUAUCUCAGGAAGUUCUUUGUAUGUAU